AUGCCUGAGAUCGCUGAGAUCGCACGAGCAGUCCAUUUCUUGCGCAUUCACCUCGUUGGUAAGCGCAUUGCUUCCGCCGAGGCCAUUGACGAUGCCAAUGUGUUUGGCAAAGUCGGCACCACAGGUGCUGCGGUAGCGGCCGCACUUACAGGCAAGAAAGUCGUGUCCGCCGGCACGCAAGGCAAAUACUUUUGGAUAACGCUAGAGCAGCCUCCGCAUUUGGUGAUGCAUUUCGGCAUGACUGGUUGGAUUCACGUCAAAAAUGACAAGACAGCAUACACCAACUACUUCAAAAAGAUGGAAGAUAGCGAGUACACUGUUUGGCCUCCAAAGUUCUGGAAGUUUCACAUCACAACAGACGAAAAGCUUCCUGUAGAGAUUGCGUUUACAGACCCUCGUCGGUUUGGACGAGUCAGAUUGCUGAAUUGCCCAGGAGUCGACAUUCGAAAACACUCACCGCUUGUUGAGAACGGGCCCGACCCCGUUGUGGACAAGGAUCGUUUCACAGAGGAGUAUUUGCGUGGUAAAAUGACCUCGCGCCAUGUUCCCAUCAAGGCACUACUCCUCGACCAGAGCAUGAUCAGUGGCAUCGGCAACUGGGUUGCUGACGAGACCCUGUACCACGCCAGAGUGCAUCCUGAGCAGUACUGCGACGAUUUCAGUGAUAGUGAGAUCAAGAAGAUCUACGAAUCAAUCUGCUACGUCUGCAAUUUGGCCGUGGAGAAGCUCGGCGAUUCCGAUGAGUUCCCAGAGCACUGGCUGUUCAACCACCGCUGGGGCAAGGGCAGCAAGGGCUCAUCAUCCAAACUCCCCAACGGUGAGAAGCUAUCAUUUAUCACAGUUGGCGGCCGUACCAGCUGCUUCGCGCCGGCAAUUCAGAAGAAGACGGGCCGAGUGGCAGGCAACGCCAAAACGGAGCCUCUUGUCAAAGAAGAGACCGUUGAAGAAAAAGCGCCGCCGGCAAAGGGUCGAAAGUUGGCAGGCACGCUCGCCACGGCAGAAGCCAACGGGGAAAAGACGCCGGUAGUAAAAGCCCGCAAAUCAAUGGGCAAAGCUGUUAAAUUAGAGGAGAAGGAGGAUACACCAGCGAAGGGCAAGCGGCCGCACGCCGCAAGCAGCAAGACUAGCAAAAACAAAAAGACAAAGGUUGAAGCGGAUGAUGAUGGUGGCGGCAGACGUCGGUCGGCGAGGCUCAGAAAUUAA